AAAUAAAUAAAUAAAUAAUAAAAAAUAAAAGGGGAGAACAGCCUCUUUAAGACACGUGGAGGGAGGUGGUGAGAAAGAGGGCACGGUGGAGGGAGCAAAGCUGCUGAGGAGGCUGGUGAGAAUGACGUCCAGUGAGGAGGGGUUGUUGGCAAAAACAAGGGACACCCUGUUCUCAAAAACAGGGACAAAGAAAAGCUUGGGAGGGUUGAUUUUGACUCCAGGAGGGAGUUCCCACUAAUUAGCUUUGUCUUCUCCGUCAGGAUGUUUUCUUGUGACGACAGCAGGGAACUGACUUUUGAAAUUUCAAUUUCCUUGGCCGACAUUCCUGGCCUCUAAGAGGAGGCUUUUUUGAACCACAGCACUACUGACAUUUGGACUGGCUCAUUUGCUGUGGUGAGGGGCUGUCCUGUGCAUCUUAGGGGCAUUUAGACGUGUCCCGGACCUCCAUCCACUAGAUGCCAAUAGCAUCCUCCCCUUCUUCCCCUGUGUAACCCCCAGAAUGUUUCCUGUGCCACCCAGUUGGAGGCAGUGGCACCGAAUGUCCCCGGAGAACAAAAUUGCCCUUGGCUGAGAACCACAGAUCUCAAAUAACAUUCAGUAUUCUGGCCAUCCACAGAAUUCCUGACACUACUGGGGGUUUUUUUUGGCUGUGUCCGAGGCAAAUGGAAGUUCCCAGGCAAAGGAUGGAACUCGUGCCAUGGCAGCAAGCCAAGCUGCUGCAGUGUCAACACCAGGUCCUUAACCUGCUGAGCCACAGGUGAACUCCCUGAGCACUCCUUUUGAAAGACUAAGAUGAUGGCAUUCACUUGAGUUCCUACACAGAUCUUAGCUGCCUGGCCUGAACAUCAGCCUGGCCUUGGUUGAUAAGCGUUGGGAUGUGGGGGGUCGGGGGUCGGGUGUGUUGGGAACAGUUGAUGGGCUGACAGUUCUUAGCUCACAAGCCGAUGAAUCACGAGGAGAUGGAGUUCUGGUUCUCAGAGGGGUUUUGUUCUGGCACGUGUUGCUGUAACCACCUUGCCCUGCCUUGUAGUGGUGGGUUGUUUUCUUUCUGUGUGGUUUCUCUGUGGGUUUGAGAAGCAAGUUCAUUGUGAUGUCAGCCAGGGACAAGACGCCCUCCUCACAGGUGAGCUUCUGAAAGCUCGUUAGUUCUGAACCCAACGUGACACUCACCUGGCUGGGGUCCCCGUUACCUGCUGGUAAAGUUGUUUCCUCCGCGAGCCGAGGAUGUCUGGGACUCUUACACCUUUACAGCUCUCGUUUUAUUAUCUAAAGACACUUGCCUUUUGACUUUUUUUUUUUUUAACCUUCAGUUAGUUUUUAACAAGACACUGCAUUUCAAACAUAGCAAACACGACAGAGAUUACGGAACAAGGCCAAGGCCGAGGCUGGAGUGACCUUGCACGACCGUUGUUGCCAUCUGUUGGUGGCUGGCAGAACUGAUGCACUUUGAAGCUUUAUUUAUUGCACAGAAAGUCGAAAACUGAAAGCAGAGGACCUGCCUUGCCCCCAGGGAGCUCAGGAUGGGCAGCAUAGAGGAAGAAUGGAAGGAGAGGAAUCUCUUGUGAUCGAACAUGAUGGAAGAUAAUAUGAGAAAAACAAUGUGUGUGUGUGUAUGUAUGUAUAUAUAUACGACUGGGUCACUUUGCUGUACAGCAGAAAUUGACACAACACUGUAAAUCAACUACACUUCAUAAAAAAGGCGGAGGUAAUGUGGAUUUGCUUCAUGCAUCGGCACGAGUCAUCACUGGGUACCAGGAAUCCAUAGUUAAUAUAAUUUUAGAGGGGUUUUUUAAGGUACGGUCUGGCAUGCCCCUGGAAAUCUAAAAUCCAUUUAUGAGUCAGUUUGUCAUUUCAGAAAGACUCCCAGUGCAUUGGGCUUUGGGAAAUUAACAGAACAACAGGAGAUCUCAGCUAAAAACCAGUCUCUUCCAUAGAAUUAGCAUGCAGCUGAUAUUUGUGAAAUUUGAUUAGUUAGGGACACUUCUCAUUCUAAUCAAGGAAACUGAGACUCGAUCAGUAAAAUAGCCAUUGUAUUUUAUCGUCUUUCAAAGUGCUUUCAGAUAACUGUACAUCUGUUUCUGCACCAAUCUAUUUCAGCCAUUUUUCUUUCAUCCCCUUUUUCUGAUACCAAACUGAGAUUCCUAGAGAUUAAGUUUCCUGAGUGCACAUAUCUAGUGGAUAAUGAGAGCCAGAAUUAGUCCAAGCAGCAGGGUUCGCAACUCUCAUUGCACAGAAGAAUCACCUGGGAAACUUAAAAAAUAAAAUAAAAUCCCAUUGGUGGGUCUCACUGCCAUAUAUACUGAUUUAAUUAAGCAGGGCAAGGACUAGGUCAUGGGUUUCCCUUUUAGAACUGCAGCGAUUCUAGAGCUCCCAUUGCGGCUCAGCAGGUUAGGAACCCAACAAAAUGUCUGUGAGGAUGCAGGUUCGAUCCCUCACCUCGCUCAGUGGGUUAAGGAUCUGGUGUUGCCAAGAAUUGUGGUGUAGGUCUCAGACGCGGCUCAGAUCCUGCAUUGCUGUGGCUGUGGUAUAGGCUGGCAGUUGCACCUCCUCUUUGACCCCUGGCCUAGAACUUUCAUAUGCCUUGGGUGUGGCCAUAAAAAGGAAAAGAAAAAAAGGAGAAAAAAAAAAAAAAAAAAAAAAAGAACUACAGUCAACACAUUCAACUGUGUUUCCUGGAUUGAACUUCUUCAAUUCAGAGUAUGGUCUACGGAGCAGCCGCAAAGCAUCCUCUGGAAGUUUGUUGGACGUGCAGAAUCUCUGGCCUCAUCCCAGAUGCUCUGAAUCAGAACCUGCCUUGUAACAAGAUUCCCAGUAUAAAAUCGGACAGCUGUACAUGAUCAGCAAGCACAGCCACGAACAGAGCGACCGUGGGGAAGGGGUGGAGGUCGUCCAGAACGAGCCCUUCGAGGACCCUCACCAUGGCAACGGACAGUUCACGGAGAAGCGCGUGUAUCUCAACAGCAAACUGCCUAGCUGGGCUAGAGCUGUUGUUCCCAAAAUAUUUUAUGUUACAGAGAAGGCAUGGAACUAUUAUCCCUACACGAUUACAGAAUACACAUGUUCCUUUCUGCCAAAAUUCUCCAUUCACAUAGAGACCAAGUACGAGGACAACAAAGGAAGCAACGACAGCAUUUUUGACAAUGAAGCCAAAGACCUGGAGAGAGAAGUUUGCUUUAUCGACAUUGCCUGCGAUGAAAUUCCAGAACGUUACUACAAGGAAUCUGAGGAUCCUAAACACUUCAAGUCAGAGAAGACGGGACGGGGACAGUUAAGGGAAGGCUGGAGAGAUAGCCAUCAGCCCAUCAUGUGUUCCUACAAGUUGGUGACGGUGAAGUUUGAGGUCUGGGGGCUUCAGACCAGAGUGGAACAAUUUGUACACAAGGUGGUCCGAGAUAUUCUUCUGAUUGGACAUAGACAGGCUUUUGCCUGGGUUGAUGAGUGGUAUGAUAUGACAAUGGAUGAUGUUCGGGAAUACGAGAAAAACAUGCAUGAACAAACCAACAUAAAAGUUUGCAAUCAGCAUUCCUCCACUGUGGAUCACAUAGAGAGCCAGACCCAAACAAGUACAUGACAAUGGAUGAGGUCCGAGAAUUUGAACGAGCCACUCAGGAAGCCACCAACAAGAAAAUUGGCGUUUUCCCACCUGCCAUUUCUAUCUCCAGCAUCCCCCUCCUGCCUUCUUCAGUCCGCAGUGCCCCUUCUAGUGCUCCAUCCACUCCUCUCUCCACAGAUGCACCAGAAUUUCUAUCGGUUCCCAAAGAUCGGCCCCGGAAAAAGUCUGCCCCAGAAACUCUCACGCUUCCAGACCCUGAGAAAAAAGCCACCCUGAAUUUACCUGGCAUACAUUCUUCAGAUAAGCCAUGUCGGCCCAAAUCAGAGUAACUUCAUAUGAAUAUUUCAUGGGGGUUUAUAUUUUUGGUUUGGGGUCUUGUUUUGUUUUUUUUUUUAAAGAAUCUUCUGAUAUAGAAAGAGACUGCUUUGUCACUCAAACAUGUUCCUUGGAUCUCUCGAGUGUGCAUGUGGUUUCACAUAGAGUAUGAUUCCCUAAGUGUGCCACACAGCUUCAUUUUAGCUGUAAAAUGUACGACUGGCAAAGGACAGAAGGGAUCUUCUGUAGCACAGCUGGAUGCCAGGGAGGAAGCCUUGUUAUUGGGCAUUUGAUGAGGUUGGUGUGGACUCUGAGGGCCAAUAAACGAAAACUUUGCACCACUGUGUUACAAGGUGUAGUAAAACGGAAGUCAGUUUCCUCCCAUCCGACCUGAAAUUUCCCCAAAAUAUUCUCAGGCGUAACAUACCUAAUUGUUCAAUUUCGAACUGCUCAUUACCAAUACUUGAAUAUCAGUCGUUACUGAGGUUCCGGUUUUGGUUAGUCUGACUCAGGAUUUGGGGCCUAAUUAACUCUUUAAAUUUUUUGGAAAUUUUAAUUAUCAACCUGAAGAGGCUCCAAGUGCAAUUAAUGACAACUUAUUUAUACCUUUCACAGAAUUUAAUAAAGAUUCCACUGGUUUCUGUCUUUUAAUAACUUUCCUCUUUGUGCCCCUGUGGCCUCAGAAAUCUUUUAAGAAUUACAUGGAUGAACAUGGCCGUAACUGGCUGAUUUGGGAAUGAUUUGGUUUAGGAACAGAGAGGCCAUGGGGAGGCAAAGAUCUUUUUUUUUUUUUUCCACAGGUACCAGCGAACCUUGACCUGUCACCUUCCAUCAUCCAUUAAGAUUGUCAGAAUUUGCCAUUUAUUGAGUAGCAUUCAGUGACGAUUUGCCCAUUGCAAAGAAGUUCAAGGGUAGACUCAGCUAACUGGACUUUAACUCGUUCAAAAUUGCCUCCCAUCCCCCUCCUCAUUUUACUUAAUAACAUCCAGACGUCCCUGGAGCAGACUGCCCAUCACCGGACCUUAGAAAAGAUUGUCAUUCUCUUGCUCCUUGCCCGAAAUCCAAACGUUGGGCAUGUCGCAGAAGCCGAGUAGAUACAGUCAAGCGAGAGCAGAAAAAUGAGCAGAAUUGCUGACUCUAUUUGUAGGGUGGAAAGGAGGCGUGAGAUGCCCCUCUGGCUAGCUUUCUUUUCUGCCAGUAAUGAUAACACAAGAUUAGAAUCAAGGUUGAUGGGAGACAAGAUCAUUCACCAAAGUGGCAGAAAGAGAACUCUCCUUUGAUCUAAAGAGAAACAUCUGCCACCUUCGCACCUCACUGCCUUUAAACACAGAAGGAAGCGUGAACAGAACCUAGCAUUUACUUUUGUCCUCCAAGAGAGGGAGAGAACAAGGUAAUUGGGCAACUCCGAAGCCCGGGUUAGCCUUCCUGACCAGAACCUCCACCUCAGGAAAGGGACUUUCCCCAAACACAGAUUCCAAAGGAAGCGACAUAAACCAAGGCGCGUGUCUCCUCCUCUUAUACAGCCUCUCAGCCAGUGGACCCUGCCUGCUUCUCUCUCUCAGUGCCCAGCACUCCGCAUAGUGUCCUUCAAGUUGACAAACUUCCAAGGUGCAGGUGCUGGUCCCAGGAGCCCAGCACCACGUGUUCCAAGUCAUAUGUCAGAUUGUCAAGAUCAUCUCCUUCUCUAUAGGUUGACAUUUAGCUUGAUUAAUACAUACACCCAGAACUCAAAGGAAACCUGUUGCAAAUAGCUUAGAUCCAAAGUGCAUCUCUUUCCUAAGAAUGAUAGCACCCAUAGUAAGACACCUUCUUUGCAUGGUAUGGUAGCAUGAUUUUUGCUUGUGGGAAAACUCAAUCUUUUAUCAAAAGCUCUUUGACUCCUCAAUGGCUCUCUCUUGACACAGUAGUACUUAACAAGAACGUCUGGCUUUAGAAAGCAUAAUUCUCCUUUCAGAAAACACUGACGUAGUAGCGUGUGUAUUUGCUUACCAUUUGCAAGCUGAAAUCAGGAUGGGGUGGGAUCAUGAUUUUUGCAUGGAAUGGAUUUAUUGGGGGCGGAUUCUUAACACAUCUGGCACCAAGUUUUUCUGUUGACGCCAUUGCUAAUUUUCCUUUUUGGUGAAGUAGCUUCUGCUAUCAAGGUCAACAAUGCUCUCUGCUUUAGAAAGCUAAUUUCUGUGAGUUUUCUUUCUCUGACUGCCAGUACAGCACCACAGACAUUAAUUGCAAAGCGACCGAUGAUAGUGUGGUUCUUAGCCAACAAAUAUGUGUGCUCUUAAACUAUGUUCGGUUUUCCCGUCUACAUGUGCUUCGUGUGUUCAUUUUAAAAGCGGGGGAGGGGUGCAGAUAGUCCUUUAGCUGCUUUAACUAUUUAAUCCAGUCAUCACAAGACAUAAAUGACUUCAAUAGUUUAUCCAUCUUGAUUUUCAAGUGUCGUUUCACAGACUCCAUACACGAAUUUGUUUAUUGUGGGGUUACAAGCCUGCGAUGAGUGUAUAUAUAGACUAUUACUAAUUCCUAUCAAGACGGAAAAUUAAACGGCUGCAUGAUGGAAGCUUAGAAGAAAAAAAGCAGAAACUUGAAUUCAUUAAGCAUGUUUGGGGAAACAUAGAAUCUUAACUCAGUGCCUCUGUCUGCAAUGUGGAAACCUUCAACUUUGUUCACCAAAAUUGUAUUAUACCUGUAUAUAUAUAUAGAUAUAAAUAUAGUAGCGUGAAUCCAAACCACCAGUUUUAAGUCUCUGAUAGCCAAAUGAAAAUAAAUAAGCCACAGAAUAACGCAAAUGUUCAACCCAUCUUUGUCUCUGAGGUUAAUGAAGACCGUCAAAAUGACCAUACAUUUCAUUACUUUGAAUGAAUUUCAAAUUAUGAAAUGCCACUGUGAUUUUCAUUGGCUGUAGUAUAGCAUCGUUGCUUUAGCUGUGCUUUCCCAGGAUAAGAAGGCCUUGGUGUUUUUACCACAGAAACUGUCAGAAGUCAGCUCUGGGAGUUCCCUUAUGCCUCAGCGGGUUAAGAAUUCACCACAGUGGCUUGGGUCGCUGCUGUGGCACAGGUUCAAACCUGCCCCAGGAACUUCCACGUGCCGUGCAUGCGGCCAGAAAGAAAAGAAAAAAAAAAAAAAAAGAAGAAGAAGCUCUGAAGACCAUUUCAUUUUCCUACUUUUGGGCUAGGAUAAGACAAAGCAAAGAAAAAGCAUAACAGCAAAGGAGCCCGUGAAAUUUUUCAAUUACCACGUUAUAAACUGAAACCAUAUGAGUUUGUGGGUGAACUCGUUUAUAACCCCUUCUGUUUUGAUUUUGCAUUUGUAUGUGGGGGAAACUGGUUUUAAUUUAUUUUUAGGUAUUUAUUAGCCAUGUUUUUGGUUGUGAAAAUAAAUCACAACUGUGCAUGUACCACACAGACAACUUAAAAAACACAAGACCCCCAAAACUAAUUACGUGGUUUUCUUCCAAGACACUGUAAUAAACAGAAAAUAGAUUCUAACACUUCUCAAGAAAUCAUUUUUCCAUCAAAAUUUCAAAGUUAAUGGAUUUAUAUGUAUUUUUAAUUUUACGCACCUUAGUAUCUCUUCAUGGCUCAGAGACAACACGGUCACUGGUUGGCAUAGGUCAACAGGAAUUUGACUUUGCAGAAGGGCCAGGGUAUAAUUUACUCUACAUGUAAAGGGUACUCGGAUAAUCCAAUAGAAAAGGAUUGUCUAAGAGUUUUAGACCUUUUCUGAUCAUCUGACUCAGUAGACUGUGUGACAGUAUGCCAUCUGAGCCAUAAUUCUUGAAAUUAUAGAAAAAAAAAACUGUCCAGUGACUGCAGUUGAUCAUAGACUAUUGAAAACUCUUCUUUCCUGCUGAAACCGAAGUGUUAACACAAGAGCGUAGCGAUGGAUACAGAGGCAACACGUCCCGGAUUCGUGUCUGUGUUCUACCUUCAAAACAAUCUGUUUCAUUGGAAAUAUACAUGUUUAAACUUUUUAGGAGUUAGUGCAAUAAGAAUGUGACUAUGCUGAGACCUUUCCAGAUGCUGUCAUUAAUUGUCAUUUUGUUAACAGGCUUUAGAAGAAGCCUCUCCACGUUUUCGCUUCAAAUCGAAAGCAUGUCUGUGAAUUGCUCGUCUCCCUUCAGUUUCUGUGUGUCACCAAGGAGAGGUUCUUAAAGUCGAUGUUAUACCCGUGCCACUUGUAGGUAGCCUCAACUGUAAUGUUUCGUGUUUACAUUUCGAGCUGGGAUCUUGAUUAGUUAAAUGAAUCAAUAUACCACUGCCACGGCCGAAGGACCAAGUUUUGGAAUGCACAGUAUUAUAGACAACAAGCGAAGCAAACAAAAGUUGAUCCUCACACAUGCCAUCCUCCUGUGUCACUUUACAGCUGUUUUGUGUUUUGGUUUUUCUUCCCCAGUUAUUUAUUAUUGAUAAUAACUUACUUUUUCUUACAUUCUGUUGUAAAUAAAGUACAAAGCAAUCUUCUUUCCAA